UGGCAACUUCGAUGUGAACGACUGAACGCUCCCGAAACUGGCAAAAAGUAAAUAUUAUGGCAGAUAAUAAGUUUGGAAUUGUGUUGUGCGCUUGAUUACUAGACUGCUUUGGUUUAAUGAUCGAGACACAAUUUAAGCUGCCACUACUCUGGAGUCUGGAUCGAAGAGCGAUUUCAAAUCAGCUCCGAGCACCAACUGAUAAUAACUAAAGACGAUAACAAAUUACGCUGCAAAAAGUGUCUUUAAAAAUGGUUCUCCAAGAAGUACAGAUUGUUGUUUUAGGUUCAUUCAUGACAGAUGUUGUUAGCUAUGUAAGUAAUUUACCCAGAAUUGGUGAGACACUUUGUGGCCAUAAGCUUGCCAUCUGUUGUGGUGGAAAGGGGGCCAACCAAGCUGUGACUGCUGCACGUCUUGGAGCUGCUACUGCAAUUAUUGGAAAGUUAGGAAAUGAUUCAUUCGGAAAAUCGUAUUUGGAUGCUUUAAAAAAAGAAAACAUCCUUACAGACUUCAUUGGUCUUACAUCUGAAGCCUUAACAGGAUUGGCUCAAAUAAUUGUCGAAGAUAGCGGGCAGAACAGUAUUGUCAUCGUUCCUGGCGCUAAUAAUUAUUUGACCACUGAAGAUGUUAGGAAUUCACGAGAUACAUUUACCAAAGCUAAAAUCAUGCUUUCUGUUCUCGAAAUUCCGCGUGAAACUGUUCUUAGUGGAUUGAAACUUGCGAAUGAGCUUGGAGUUUUUACAAUAUUAAAUGCCGCUCCUGCCGUUGAAGAUCUAGAAAAAGAUUUUUACACACUCUCCGACAUCUUCUGUGUCAACGAAACAGAGGCUGAGAUGCUCAUCAAACAGCCAGUGACAAAUCAUGAUGAAGCACUAUCCGCCGCCCACCUACUGAUGGAAAAAGGUUGUAAGAAACAUGUACUCAUCACACUUGGAAAAAACGGCGCUUUAUUGCUUUCAAGAGAUGACAACAACAGCUUCCUUGAACCUGUAUUCGUAAAAGCUCCUGAAGUCAAAGCUAUUGAUACCACGGGUGCUGGAGACUGUUUUUUGGGAGCGCUUGCAUACUUUCUGGCAUAUUAUCCAGAUUGGCCGUUGAGUAAAACGGUGACAAAUUCGUGUCGCGUCGCCUCACUGAGCGUUCAAAGAGCCGGUACCCAAACAAGUUUUCCUUAUAAAAAUGAACUUGAAAACGAUUUGUUUGUGUAAACUUAGCGUAACUGUAGAUUACACUUAGCUAUAAAAA